AUGGAAUUUCCCAAGCUCUUUUUAACCCUUCUUAUCAUUGAAUCUCUCUUCAUCCCCCAAAUGCAAGUCCAAGCAUCACCCACAAACUCAAACCUCUUCAGGGAAUAUAUAGGAGCUGAGUUCAAAAAUGUCAAAUUUACAGAUGUUCCUAUAAACCCAAGUGUUGAAUUCCACUUCCUUCUCUCUUUUACUAUUGACUAUGACACCUCAGCUUUCCCCUCUCCUACCAAUGGAAAAUUCAACAUCUUCUGGGACUCUGAGAAUCUUAGCCCCUCCCAAGUUUCAUCGAUCAAGAAUGCCCAUUCAAAUGUCAAGGUUGGCUUGAGCUUAGGAGGAGAUAGUGUAGCCAAUGGCUUUGCUUUCUUCAGCCCCUCUUCAAUAGAUUCCUGGGUGUCUAAUGCUGUUUCAUCACUCACAAAGAUCAUAAAGCAAUAUCAUUUGGAUGGGAUUGACAUUGACUAUGAACACUUCAAAGGUGAUUCUAAUACCUUUGCAGAGUGCAUCGGGCAGCUUAUAUCAACUUUGAAGAGCAAGAAGGUAAUCUCAUUUGCUUCUAUAGCUCCAUUCGAUGACAAUCAAGUUCAGAAACAUUACUUGGCACUCUGGAAGAACUAUGGGAACCAAAUAGACUAUGUCAACUUCCAGUUUUAUGCAUAUGAUAAGGGAACCACUGUGUCUCAAUUUAUGGACUAUUUCCACACCCAAAGCUCCAAAUACAAGGGUGGUAAGGUGUUGGCAAGCUUUAUUAGUGAUGGAAAUGGAGGGUUAUCCCCACAAAAUGGGUUCUUUACUGCCUGCAAUAUGCUCAGGAGCCAGCAGCAACUUCAUGGUAUCUUUAUCUGGUCUGCAGAUGACUCCAAGGCAAAUGGUUUCUGCUUUGAGAAGCAAUCACAGGCACUUUUGGCAGCUCCCCAGUAG